AUGACAGAGCCUACACCCAGUGUUCUUGAGAAGGGGGCCAAGGCAGAGGAGUCAAAUAGAAGCUCAGAAGCGUACAACGACCUUGAGAAUGUACCGAAAGAGGACGAUAUCAAUCUAGUCGACUGGGAUGGGCCCGAUGACCCUGCAAACCCCUUUAACUGGUCGACUGCGAAGAAAGCACGGCAGUUAGUCUUCAUGGCAUUCAAUACUUUUAUCAGCCCUCUAGCAUCCUCUAUGUUUGCCCCAGGCGUCCAAUAUGUCAUGCGCGACUUUCACACCACCGACCAGAUGUUGGGAUCGUUUGUUGUUUCCGUCUACAUCUUGGGAUACAUGCUAGGACCCUUUCUCAUCGCGCCCCUUUCAGAGAUAUAUGGCCGUGUUCCGCUGUACCAUGCUUGCAACGUGAUCUUCCUGGUGUUCACCAUUGCUUGUGCCGUGGCGCAAACCUUGCCUCAGUUGAUCGUGUUCCGUUUAUUCGCCGGUAUCGCUGGCGUUUGUCCCAUCACUAUCGGCUCUGGGACGGUCGCCGACAUGGUGCCAGUGGAAAAGAGAGCCGGUAUUAUGGCCAUCUGGGCUCUGGGACCUAUCUUGGGACCUGUUGUCGGACCCAUCGCGGGUGGAUUCCUGGCCGAAUCAGUCGGCUGGCGAUGGGUGUUUUGGGUCCUUGCGAUUGCAACCGGUGUCAUGACAAUCGGGUGUUUGGCGUCGUAUCGCGAAUCGUAUGCCCCAGUGCUUCUACGACGCAAGACUGAGCGACUGCGCAAAGAGACCGGUAACCCCAAUCUUCGUUCGGCCCGUGGCGACACCAAGAUCACCAAACAACUGUUCAUAACUGCACUUGCGCGACCCAUGAAACUUCUCUUCCGUUCGCCGAUUGUAUUCCUGCUCUCCCUGUUCGCGGCUGUCACGUACGGGUACCUAUACUUGAUGUUCACCACUUUGACCCCGAUCUUCCGAAACACCUACGGCUUCUCAUCUGGUCUGGCCGGCCUCGCCUACCUGGGCUUCGGUAUCGGAAGUAUUCUGGGUUUGGGGAUCUGCGGUGUGGUUUCUAACCGCAUCGCCGUUAGUCACACCGCACGCGGCUGCUUCAAACCAGAAUCGCGUCUGCCCCCAAUGCUAUUCGGAAGCUGGGCAAUUCCAGCCGGCUUGUUCUGGUACGGCUGGUCGGCACAAGCACACACUCACUGGAUUGUGCCGAUUCUGGGAACGGGCCUCUUUGCGAUCGGCCUGAUGGUCGUGUUCAUGGCGUCGAACACGUACUUAGUGGAUUCGUACUUGAGGCAUGCCGCGUCCGUCACAGCUGCUGCCACUGUGCUACGUUCUUUGAUCGGUGCCGUGCUCCCACUGGCUGGUCCAUCCAUGUAUGAUGCUCUGGGAUUGGGAUGGGGCAACUCAUUGCUGGCCUUUAUUGCGCUGGCGAUGUGUGCCUGCCCCUUAUUGUUUUACAAGUACGGAGAGUAUAUUCGGACUCAUCCACGGUUUCAAAUUGCUUUAUGA